CAAGACUGUAGUUUCAUUGAAAAAAUAAUGGACGUGGAGGAAAAACAUGAACAUGAGGAAGAUACUUUCAAUAAUAACUGGCGAUACGUUGCAUCACUUGUCGCCAUCAUUUUAUUCUUGGUGUCAUUCGACUGUGACAUUAUUUUGGCCACUGAGUACCACAAGAGAGAAAUGUACCACGAGUUCAAUGUUACAGUGUCCGUUAUGAUAGCUGCCUGUUUAGUUACAGGAUGCCUGAGCACAUACUGGUUGAUUCAGGACGGAAAAUUAUCCAGAUCUCCUCCUGGGUACUUCCUUUGUCUUCUUGCCAGAUUUCUGAUCCCAGGAUUGUCAAGGGAUGUGGACAUUGUGAGUAAAUGGUUUAGCAAGAAAAUUCACACAAACCAAGACAUUUUUUUACAAGCCUUCAUUGAUGCAAGGAGGUUAAGGUUGUAUGAUGCACUUAUUGGGACCUCUACACAGUUUCUUCUGCAGGGGUCUUACUACAUUGCCACUAGAUCUGAAAGCGAUAUAUAUCUUUCUUCCCUACGUCGAAUGUCAAUAAUGUGGUCCUAUGGCGUCAUCAUGUGGUCCUUAAUGACAUACAUAUUAUCAUCUGCUCCUGAAAAAGCAAGUGAAGAGAGGAGGGCAAGCAUAAUUGCCAUACUUAUUGACUUCUUUGGAAGAAAAACUACUGUGGCAGUUAUAAUCUGUUGCCAUCUUGUUUUUGCACUGAAUUAUUUCUUUUUAAGUGGUUUAUCAAAUUACCAUUCCACAAGUGUAUAACUGUUUUUAUAUAUGUAUAAUGUUGAGACUGUCAGACAUACAUUUUUUAAUUUAUUGAUAUAAAUGAGGGUACUAGUGUAAAUGCAGAAAUUUAUGAUGUUGUUAAAUUUAUGUUAAAUUUGUAAUGCUAUCUUUCAUCUAGAUAUCCCCUGUGAAUCAAAACGUUUGGAUAUACUACAUUCAGAAUUAAUAAUACACAAUAAUUAUUACAGUAUCCUGGUACAGUGGAAGUUAUUCCCACUGAUAUGGUUUUUUGCUACUAAGUCAUGUUAUAUAAGUUCCUUAUUAGCUUGUUUUUAAAAAAAUGAAAUCAAAGUUUCGAUUAUAGCCCUUUACAACUUUAGCAAACAAAAAUUUUGAAAUGAAAUACAGCUGAACUUCUGUAUCUUGAAUAUAGAUAUCUCAAAUACCAUGGAUAUGUCAAAGUGAUUUGGAAGUCCCAAGCACUUUUUCUUUAAGGUUUUUACACCCUCAAUAUCUUGAAUCCUUGGAUAUCUCAAAAAAAAAAUUUCGGACGAAUUGAGUUCGAGAUAACAAGGAUUGACUGUGUUGUGAUCCUUAUUCAGGUUACACAUGUACAUGCAUGUAUACUGUACUUUAGGUACUUUGUUGGUCUUAUUUUAAAUUUUUUUUAUGAUCCACCAUCUGUCUGUUCACUGAUAUGAAUUUUUUUCCUUUAAUAAUGAGAAUGAUUUUCACAUUAUACUGCAAACCAACUUUAAUUGGGGGCAACUUCUAUUUUUUCUAUUUGCCUACUUUGUUCAUGUGUGGUGCCAUAUUUUUUUUGUUAGAUAUUAAUCUAAGGGAAAAUAUUUUUUGAAUGGUUGUUAUUAGCAAGUGUUUUGAAUCAUUUGCUUAUGUUGUUUUAAAACGCAUUCUUACCUUAGAUUAUUUUCACAAUUUUUACGACCUUAAAUAUUUGAAAAAUGCAUUCCAAAUAUUUUUCUUUUAAUUUUAUUUUUUGUAUUUU